AUGGCUACGAUUGCUGCUUCAAAGGGUGAAGAUGUCUUGUUUGUUGAAAAUCUGUCAAAAGAGCCACUCUCAAUGCAUGUUAGAAAUUUUGAACCAAUUGUACCUUCUGUGGUGAAUGAAAAAGAGAAAGCUAGAAAGAAGAAGGCUCAACCAACAAAGAUGAAAACUGUUAGAAGGUCCCACCGGUUACAAGCUGUGGUGAGGAAAUCAAAUAACUUGGGCAAGCCAAGCCUAGUUGUUAUUUCUGAUGAUGAGGACUUGCAUGGUGAAGUCACUCUUCAUUCUCAGUUUCCAAUUGAUGAAAAUGUUCCUGAAAAUGGGAUUGCUCCUGAUGUUACAGUGUCUGAAUCUUUGCAGGUUGCUGAAAAUGUGCCUGAAAAUUUGAGUGCUCCAAUGGCUCCAGCUGUUGAUGAAAUUGUGCCUGAAGUCCAGGUUGUUCCUGAAAACUUGGUUGAAUCCGACAAUAAUAUUCCAAAAGUUAUUGAUGGAGAUGAUGAUCAGAGUGAUGUGUCUAAUCAAGGCAUUAGACUUGAGGAUAGUGAAGAAGAAAGAGACCUUCAACAAGAAGAUGAAUUAACGAACCCAGCUUUUGCAGAGGCAGAGGAUUUGUUGAAUAAGCAUAUCACACAAAUGCUUAAUGGUAGGUCUGCUGAUGGUAUGGGGAUGGCUUUUGGGGAUGACCCUGACUUUGAUGGAGGGUAUGAGAGUGAAGAUUUGGAAAGUGUGGCAACUGAUUCUGAGAUGGAAGAUGUUCCUAGGAGAAGAUACCCAAAGUUUGUGGAGGAGCGUUUGGACCCUAACUCCUCCUUAUGCAUUGAUGGUUUACACUCAUCUAUUUAA